GGGCCCGACUGUACUUCGACGCCCGUGUUCAAGUAACUCCCUUUUGACGUGGGACUCGUGAUCUCUCGUACGGUUUUUGUGGCCAGUAAAUCAACAAGAGGAGUGCACAAGCAAGAUUUUUAGAGCAAAUUACGCGAAGAAAAUCUCAACGCGAUACGAUAAGCUGCCGCCAUCUUUGUUUUUGUGUGAGGGAGUAGCAGGGGUACGACCACGGGCGCAAGGAAUUCAACAAUCCCGAAUAGAAGAUUAUGCCAGCUAUUCAAAUCUCGAUAGCAAAAAAAAAACGCCUAAAGAUUUCACUUCAGUAUAACUAAGGAAAAAGCCAUGAUCGCUGAAAUCCUUCUUCUUAUCGUCACUCUGGUGCUUCUACACCAUCUGUUCUAUCGUUACACCGAGCCCUCCAACCUACCCCCUGGACCACGCCCUUACCCUCUAAUUGGAAAUACGCCACUGCUGAUUGGCUCCUUCUCCUCACUCCACGUUAAGCUCACUGAGCUCGCGAAAAUAUACGGCAGCGUCUACACUCUCUACCUCAACGGGCAGCGGUCUGUCAUCGUCUGUUCUGCCAAGGCAGCGCGCGAGGGAUUAGUAGAGAGAAAAGACGCAAUUGCAGGUCGUCCUUAUAGCUUUACGUUGGAUUAUGUUACCAAUGGUAGUAAAAACAUUACCUUUUCUGACUUCUGCCCAACAUUUCUGCUAAAGAAACGGAUUGCACAGUCAUCCAUGCGUCGAUACUACCCACAAGUAGAAGACAAAGUCAAUAAUCAGUUGGAAGAAGUACUGGCAAGGAUAAAAGCGCUUGACGGAACCGCCUUUGAUCCACAUCACUUAUUAUCAUUAGUCACCCUGAAUCUUGUGACCUCGAUGACAUUCGGAACCAACUACACACUCGAUGAUCCAGAAUUUCUUCUUUUGGUUCAAAUGAUUGAUGAUUCAACUCGAAGUAUUGGAUCAAUGAGCACGCUUGACAUGUUCCCGUUUUUGAUGCAUCUGCCCAUCAGCACAUCCAAGCUACUCAAGAGCAUAACUAAGACUGUCAACGAAUACUUUAUGAAACAAGUUCAGCGACACAUAGACAGCAACGACGGCAAAAGCAUCAGAGAUCUCACUGAUGGAUACAUCAAGGGGCUUACAGAGGCAGAGAAAGAAGACGCCAGCGUCCACGAAGUAAACUCAAUCGAGCAUAUUGCCAUGGUGAUGGCAGACAUGAUUGUUCCGGGCUCAGAGACCUCUUCUACAACAAUGGGCUGGAUGAUCGCCUACCUCGCAGUUUACCCAGAAGUCCAAGCGAGGCUGCACCAACAGUUGGAUGACGUCAUUGGAAGAGACAAAAAUACAGUCAUCACUUUAAAGGACCGUGAUAGAUUACCUUAUGUAGAGGCGGUCAUAGCGGAGACGAUGCGUAUUUCGACUGCUGUUCCUCUUGCAAUUCCACACAAAGCAACGUGUGACACGACAAUCAACGGCUACUUCAUCCCAAAAGACACCACCGUCAUCUUCAACCUGUGGGGGGUGCACCUCGACCCCACCGAGUGGGCGGAUCCCCACGUGUUCAACCCCGCCCGCUUCCUGGAUGAAGACGGCAAGUUUAUCAAGAGUGAGAAACUUUUGCCUUUUGGAGCGGGGAGGCGGGUAUGUCCCGGUGAAAAGAUUGCGAAGAUGCAGCUGUUUUUGAUGACAUCAAGACUUCUACGUCACCUGGAGUUUAAGCCGCCAUUAGAUGGCCCACCGCCAAGCCUUCAGGGAAUGAAGGGUUCAGCACUGUACAAGCUGCCUUACAAGAUACGAGCAUUAGAGAGACUCUAGACAACAAAAGACUAAGCUCCACCGAGCCUUGAGGUUUGUCACGCAGCAAUUAACGCUAAGUAACGAAAACAUCUAAUAAACUAGAUAUUUCAUACGGAUUAGCUGCCAACUUGUCUGAAGUUAUCAGGUCGACUUAAAACAUUUUGUUUAGUUAACCUAUCGCAUUUUACAGGGAAAUCUAGAAGGGUCACAAGUAAUUGCUUGGUCAAGCUGUUUUGAUUCUCGCUAAGUUGACCCCUAAUAGGGGCGUGCCGGCGUCCUUCUCAAGUGGUACUUGAGAGUGCGAAUCAAGCACAAAUUCUCGUCUUGUACUCCUUAACUAUUACACGUAUGUCCAGUUUGGAGAAGCGUAGAAGCUAGCUCGUAAGGCUUUACAGGAUUGGCUAAAUUACCUCAUUGUACUACUGUAUCAUCGCUCUUCGUCUGGACCAACCCAAUGUGGUGAAAUCUCACUUCUGAUGAGUUUGGGCUCGCGUAUCGCUUAGAAGUAGUUACAGAUGGAACAAAAGGGAUAGGGUGGGGGAGGAGGGGGUGGAAAGAAGCCUUUAAACCUCUUGAUACAAUGGACUCGGACUCACUUUAGUUAUCAAACGUUCGCGUUUUAAUGACAUUUUUCAGUCAUGUAAAAAAAAUAUUUCAUCAGCUGACACAAAAGACUUUACUUAUGUACAUAUAUAAUAUGACCUCGGUGAGAACGCAAACUAUACAAGGCGAAUAAGGAACACAAAGCGAAAAAAUAAUAAUAAACUAAAAACAUAAAACACA